AUGCGCCUCGGUCGGACCACCCCUGCUGCAAGCCUGCAGCUUGCCCCGUCUCCGCGGCUGCUGCUUGGAGCCAAGAGCGCUAAACACCCGGCCAAGCCUGGAGACCUGUCCAUCUCUAUCAGAAACAACGAUGCCACCGUCGGGCCCUCAAUGCGCUCCAGAGCUCUUUCUACCGGUUCGAGGCCGAGCGCAGACGUCUGUCUUGGCGCCCAAGAUGAACCCCUCUCAGGAGGACCACGCCACUGUUACCUGCUAAUGGGUCUGUGGCCCUGGUUAUUGGUCUUCUUUCGGCAAUCUAAGACCCCAAACGUCAACUUCGCCAUCCUGUCUGGUGUCUUCAACAUUCUUCGGCUCCGCUAA